AUGUGGGGCAGUGCACUCCUGGCCCUGCUGGGGCUGUGCCUGGGGCUGCCGGCCGCCUCAGAGGAGGCCACGGCGACAAAGGACUUUGACUCCUCCAAGGUGGGUGUGGGUCCUGGGCUGAGCUCGGCGCUGCCCUGCGGGUGCCUGCGGCGAGCCCCCAAGGUGGAGAGGAUGAGGGGUGUGCCGCUCCAGCUGGAAGAUGGGCCCCUGGCCCUGACUGCCACCUAUUAUGAGGGCCGCUGCAUGGUGGAGAAGAGCAUAGCCCCCAAGAAGGUCGUUCCAGGGACAGCCACGAUCACCAGAGAGGGUGGUGAAGGAAGCAGAGAGGCCCAGGCCCUGAGCACAGACUACGAGACCUACACCAUCAUGGACAUCCUCUCCACGGCAGGCGGCGCCAGCCAUCGUGUCAGGAAGCUUUACUCAGGCCGGAGCCUGGACCACAAGCAGAGCGCCCUGCAGAAGUUCCGUGAGGUAGCCCAGGAGCAUGGGUUCCAGGAGCCAGACUUCCACCUGGGCCAGCAUGACAGUGAGUGGCUGUCACCCCAGGGUCAGGCCUGCCUUGCCCUUCCCUGCACGUGGCCCCUUUGUUUUGUCCUCAGCGGCCUGUGUGGAGGCGCUGCAGGUGAGUCCCCCAUUCCUGAGUCCAGGGUGCACGGGUGCCCUGGGGAAGGGGCUCUGUCCGCUCUGUCCUUCCCAACAGACAGGAAGGAGCUAAGCUGAGAGGGGUCUGGGGUCUGCCAGGCAGCUGGGCAGGACGUUCAGCCACACCCCCUAGCAGGCAGAUCCAAGCUCAGAACCAGGCAGCUUUGAGGUCCUUAAGAUCAAGAGGGUUCUGGUGUCCCCUCCGGGCCAGCUGCUCCUUUGGCCACAGCAGCAGGGCUGGGCUCCCUGCUGGGUGUGACAGCCUCCUGCCGGCCUCUCACGAUGCCCUCUCCGAAG